AUGUUCAAUUCAGUGGUGCUGUCGAUCAUUUCCUAUCUACUAGGAAGCAAAAUCGUGCCAUCUUAUGGUGAUUUUCUGAAAGUGGGUUUUAAAAACUAUUACAUUUCGCACAUUCAAACCAACUGGUUUGUCGCACGCGAUAUCUGCUCACAACACAACGCAGAAUUGGCCAAUAUAGAAUCAGCUAAAGAGCUGGACGCCAUAUCUAAAUAUUUGAUUGAGCAGGGCUACGAACAAGGUGUCAAUAAUUAUUUCUGGAUUUCAUUAUUUGAUGUGGGCAGAGAGCCGGGACAUUUUUAUUCCAUUACCACUGGCCGGCCCAUGUCUUUCGCCAGAUGGACGCCUGGCCAGCCGGACAAUUACGGUGGCUACGAGCACUGCGUUCAUCUAUGGUGGACGGAGAAAGGGUACGGCAUGAACGAUAAUGAUUGCUUGGCAAACCUGAGAGCUAUCUGCGAGGAAAAAACACACUUAGCUAUUCCACCUACGUUUGCAAUUGACAAUAUUGAGGAAAAUAAACCUUAAAUACCACAAUGUGAACUCAAAAACA